GCGAUGUUUGUUUGUUUAUUUGUUUGUGAGGGGAGGGCCUUGUGAGGGAGGGCGGGGUCACUGCUAUUGGUAUUAGUUUGUAUUUGUUUGUUUGAUUGUUUAUGACUAAGGGGAGGGUCUUGGGAAGGAGGGAGAGAGGUGUCAUUGAUGUUGAUGUUUGUGUAUUUGUUUGUUUGAGAGUAAGGGGAGGGCCUUGCGAUGUUUGUUUGUUUAUUUGUUUGUGAGGGGAGGGUCUUGUGAGGGAGGGCGGGGUCACUGCUAUUGGUGUUAGUUUGCAUUUGUUUGUUUGUUUGUUUAUGACUAAAGGGAGGGUCCUAGGAAGGAGGGAGGAGUCACUGAUAUUGGUGUUAGUUUGCAUUUGUUUGUGUGUUUGUUUAUGACUAAGGGGAGGGUCUUGGGAAGAAGGGAGGGGUCACUGAUAUUGGUAUUAGUUUGUAUUUGUUUGUUUGAUUGUUUAUGACUAAGGGGAGGGUCUUGGGAAGGAGGGAGAGAGGUGUCAUUGAUCUUGAUGUUUAUUUAUUUGUUUGCGAGUAAGGGGAGGACCUUGGGAAGGAGGGCGGGGUCACUGAUAUUGGUUUCCAAAUAUGUUUGUUUAUUUGAGGGUAAGGGAGUCAUGGAUAUCGGAGUUUGUUCGGAGUUUAUUUAUUUUGAGUUCUUGGAAUUUGUUGGAAUAUGUUUUGUUUAUUUGAGAGCCUUGGUAGGGAGGGAGAGCUCAUUUCAAUAUGUUUGUUUGCAGGGUUGAUAUUUAUUUUUGCAGAGACCUUUGAGUCCUGAUAUUUAUAUUAAUUUCAGUAACUAAAAAAGGCAAGAGGUUUUUUGAACCCGCUUUGGUGUGGCUGCUUGGUCUUUUGGCCUCCGGGUCGAGCGUCCGACUCUUGACCAACUCAGGCCAAGGAAGAAUUAUUAUUAUUAUUAUUAUUAUUAUUAUUAUUAUUAUUAUUAUUAUUAUUUUGUUUAUUUAUACCCUGGCUUGAAGUGUGGAGUGUUUACUGGCCUUGGUUGACCCUUGAAGCGCCUGCCUCGCCAGCCCUACUUCUGAUGGCCAUUGAGGGCUAUUAUUAUUAUUAUUAUUAUUAUUAUUAUUAGAUUAUUAUUAUGUUUAUUUAUACCCUGGCUUGAAGUGUGGAGUGUUUCCUGGCCUUGGUUGACCCUUGAAGCACCCGCCUCGCCUGCCCUACUUCCGAUGGCCAUUGAGGACCAUUAUUAUUAUUAUUAUUAUUAUUAUUAUUAUUAUUAUUAUUAUUAUGUUUAUUUAUACCCUGGCUUGAAGAGGUCAUGGAGUGUUUCCUGGCCUUGGUUGACCCUUGAAGCGCCCGCUUCACCUGCCCUACUUCCGAUGGCCAUUGAGGGCCAUUAUUAUUAUUAUUAUUAUUAUUAUUAUUACACAGAUUAUUAUUAUUAUUAUUAUUAUUAUUAUUAUUAUUAUUAUUAUUUAUACCCUGGCUUGAAGAGGUCAUGGAGUGUUUCCUGGCCUUGGUUGACCCUUGAAGCACCCACCUCGCCUCCCCUACUUUUGAUGGCCAUUGAGGGCCACCAUUAUUAUUAUUAUUAUUAUUAUUAUUAUUAUUAUUAUUUUAUUAUGACACAGCAAACAAGAUAGAUAUGUUGGAUUUCGAUUCACAAAACCACAAGUCGAACACUUCCCAAGUGUCUAGGACUGUGUGAAGUAUUAUUAUUAUUAUUAUUAUUAUUAUUAUUAUUAUUAUUAUUUUAUGACACAGCAAACAGGAUAGAUAUGCUGGAUUUCGUAUCACAAAAUCACAAGUCAAACACUUCCCAAGUGUCUAGGACUGUGUGAUGUAUUAUUAUUAUUAUUAUUAUUAUUAUUAUUAUUAUUAUUUUAUUAUGACACAGCAAACACGAUAGAUAUGCUUGAUUCCUUGCACAGUCUGCAUUUUGGGUCAUCAGCUGAUUUUUCGAUCUUGGCCUGAAUUGCCUUUGUCCUGAUGUCUUGUUCCUGGGCUGCAAGGAUCAGGCCUUCUGCCUCCUUCUUCAGGGUCCCAUUCGUGAGCCAGAGCCAGGUCUUCUCCUUGUCAGCUUUUCCUUCAAUUUUGUCAAGGAACUUCCCAUGCCAUGUUUUGUUGUGCCAGCUGUCAGCUCUAGUUUGUAGUGCGGUUUUCUUGUACUGAUUCUGCUCUAGUUUGUAGUGCAGUUUUCUUGUACUGGUUCUGCUCUAGUUUGUAGUGCGGUUUUCUUGUACUGGUUCUGCUCUAGUUUGUAGUGCAGUUUUCUUGUACUGAUUCUGCUCUAGUUUGUCGUGCGGUUUUCUUGUACUGGUUCUGCUCUAGUUUGUAGUGCGGUUUUCUUGUACUGAUUCUGCUCUAGUUUGUAGUGCGGUUUUCUUGUACUGAUUCUGCUCUAGUUUGUCGUGCGGUUUUCUUGUACUGAUUCUGCUCUAGUUUGUAGUGCGGGUUUCUUGUACUGGUUCUGCUCUAGUUUGUAGUGCGGUUUUCUUGUACUGAUUCUGCUCUAGUUUGUAGUGCGGUUUUCUUGUACUGGUUUUUAUUAUUAUUAUUAUUAUUUAUUAUUUAUACCCUGGCUUGAAGAGGUAAUGGGUCCUUUGCAAGAAGGUAAACCUCUCAAGGAGAGCCUUCAAGGGCAAGGUGUGUGUAUAUGUUUACAUAGGAGGCAAGGGGAGGAUUGGCUGGGAGCGGAGGGUGGGGCGGCUCGCCCUGGGACGGCCACCCUGGCUGGCCAUUGGGGUCAAGGGGAGACCGGCCUUAGUCUCGGCCUUGGCGGUCACCUUGCCUGCAUCGCUUGGGCGAUAAGAGAAGAAGGAAACCCUUGAAGGCGAGAGAGAAAGAGAAGACCCUGCUCCAUUGCUGCUGCAGAAGGAAGAAAGAAAGGAAAGAAGGAACGAAGGUGCCGGCCGGCCGGGAUGUCUCGCAAGGUGAGCCUGGACCACCUGGAGGACCACCUGCUCUGCCCCAUCUGCCUGGAGGUCUUCCGGGAGCCGCUGAUGCUGCCCUGCGGCCACUCCUACUGCCGGCCCUGCGUGGAGUCCCUCUCGGGGGGCCCCGAGGCCCGCUUCCUCUGCCCCCUCUGCCGGCAGAGCGCCCACGCGGCCAGCUCCCCCCCCAACGUCAGCCUGGCCCGCCUGGUGGAGGCCCUGCGCACUGGGGCCCACGGGGGGGAGGAGCAGCAGGAGCAGCAGGAGGAGGAGUCCUGCCCCGACCACCGCAACCCCCUGAGCCUCUUCUGCGAGGACGACCGGGACGUCAUCUGCGGGCUCUGCGGCACCAUCGGCACCCACCGCCACCACCGCCUCACCCCGCUCUCCACCGCCUACAGCCGCAUGAAGGAGGAUCUGUCUGGUCGGAUGACGGAGGUGCAGGAGCAGGCGCGGGGCCUGGAGGAGCUCCUGGGGAGGCUGAUGAACAACAAGACCCGCAUCGUGAACGAGUCGGACGUCUUCAAGUGGGUGUUGCGGAAGCAUUUCCAGGAUCUGCACCGCUUUGUGGACGAGGAGAAGGCCCGCUUCCUGGGGCGCGUGGAGAGGCAAGUGGGGGCCCUGCAGGCCGGGCUGGAGGAGCAGCAGGAGCAGGCCCAGGCCGCCCUCGAGCGGAUACGCCACCUCCAGGAACGCCUCACAGCCCUCUCCGACCAGGGCCAGCACGCAUUCAUCCGGAAAUACAGCUCCCUCCCCUCCAGGUCCGAGCUGACCCCUCCGAGCCUGUCCGAGGGGCUCUCCUCCGCCCCUCCGGCCGUGUCCUUCCAGCCGGACUUCCACGCGGAGGACGUGCAGAUGGAGGUGUGGAAGCGCCUGUUGCGGCGAGUGCUGCCGACCCCGGAGGCCCUGACGCUGGAGGGUCCCUCGUGGGCGGCGGGGCAGGGGGGUCGUCGGGGGAGCCUCCCGGAGCGGUCGGAGGGGGGCCCCUCGUGGGCGGUGGGUCGGAGGGGCUUCUCGUGGGGGCGGCACUACUGGGAGGUGGAGGUGGGGUCCCGGGGGUCCUGGCGCCUGGGCCUGGUCAAGGCCUCCGCCCUGGGACCCCCCCGGCAGAGGGCCCGGCUGCCCAAGAGCCCGGCGGGGGGGGCCUGGCUGGUGGGGCUGCGGGGGGGCUCCCGGCUGGAGGCCCUGGCGGGGCCCCCCCUGCCCCUGCCCCUCCCCCUGGGGGCCCCCCCCUCCCGCCUGGGCCUCUUCCUCCACUACCCCGCCGGGGAGCUCACCUUCUUCGACGCCAGCCGCGCCCCCCGGGAGAUGGCCCCCCUCUACACCUUCCGGGGGGGCUUCCAGGGGACACUCUACCCCGUCCUCGACCUCGGGCCCUGGGGGCACAAGGGGCACCCCGCCCUCGCCCCGCCCAUCCUGCCCAGGAUGGAUGGAAGGGAAGGGAAGAAAGAUAGAAAUAGAGGGAACGAAGAAGAGGAAGAGAAGGAGGAGGAAGAGGAAGGCGGCCAAGGGGAGACCCAGCAGCACACCAAGCUGUAGUCAAGCAGAGGGAGAGAUAGAUGGA